AUGAAUGGAACAAAACUUGUUGCCAUCAUAUCUGAUGCCGCCAGCACUGGUAGGUUCCCUUUGCAUCUUGAUUCGUUUGAAGUUACCUGGUUUAAACCUUGCACUUUUUAAAUUCUUUUAAUACUUGAAAUUUGAGGGCAACCUUGAAGUUAUUUCCACACAAAGAAUCGCUGGCUCAGUGUCUGUUAGCGUUCAAUUGAGUUGCCAUUACUUGGAAUUUCGUGUAGAGACUCGAAAUUUAGAGUGAUGUUUCUUGACUUAAAGUUCUACUCAAGCAGGAAUAAAAGGUUUUCCUCGGGUAAAAGGAACCGCAAUAAAUAACGUGUAUAAGUGACAAGACAAGACGAUAAUUUACUUGGGGUCGUAUACCACCUGGUACGUCGACUGUUUUCCAAAUGAUUUAAUAUUACAAUAUUCUGUGUGAUAUCAUUUGUAAGACUCAUUGAAUUACACAGGUAUCUCGUUACACGCGGAUCUCCGAGCAGCCAAUCAGUGCCGCCGUAUUCACGUGACCAUUGAGCUGCCUUGGAGUGCUGACAAAGCUGUUCAACAACUGGGAAGAUCACACCGGUCAAACCAGACAAGGUACAUGCACUGCCCAAACACAAACGUUCCUAGCUAUCCCUUUGAUAUAAGCUAUUUCCUAAAGAAGAAGGAAAUGGUUGCGCGCUGCACGUUUACCAUUUUUUAAUUGUACCUCCGCUUGAUUAGCCUUGUUGGAAGGGUAGCGUUCUGCCAAGCAGGUUUAAACCCGCCGUUUAAACCCAACACCAACCAGGGUCUUCAAAAAACUGAUCAUAUCAUGCUGCCUGUUAUCUAAGAUCUUGUCUCAGUCCAGAUGAUCUGAUAGUCACGUCAGUGGGCGGUGAUGUUAAUCCAUUGGCCUUGUCUUAUUCAUCCUUUCUUAACAAUUCGAAGGGGACGUAAAAAGAACCCACACUGCUGUUGGAGAAGAGAGUGAGAGGUAGACCUCUGUGAUGUGGUUUAUCUCUCACGUGGAAGGGAACUGUCACGAGGCACAAUACUUGGCUUCACGCUUUUGCGGUUACCCUGCCAAGAAUUGGACAGUCUAGUAAAACAAAAAAUAAAAUUCCUUGUGAUUAAAAAUCUGAAGGCUUUCCUGGAAUAUCACUACUCCCAUAAUAUCCUGUGUACAGCCGCCUUCUCCCCUUGGGAAAAAUCGGGAAAAGGAGGGGGCGGUUUUUACACAGGCUACCCCAUGAUCACUUUUCUUUCGCCAAAAUCCCCUUUGUACCAUGGGAGUCAGAGGAGGGAGAUAUCACGUGAUAAUGUUGACCGUCUAAUUGGCGCGCUCGGGGGCUCCGCUUUUCUCCAGAGUUUUACUGGCUCUAAUGUUUUCUUUGUUUUGUUUUGUUUUUUUUAGUGGACCUAUCUAUAAACUUGUAACAACAAACUUGGGCGGUGAAAGAAGAUUUGCUGCGGCUGUGGCUCGACGGCUUCAGUCGUUAGGUAAUGUUUAAAUGUUUGUCAAACUCGGAAAAUCGUGAACAUCUGACGUAUUUGUGAAUUAUUCUCACUCAGUUGCAAGGAAAAAGCUAAUCAGACAUAAAACAAAGAAGCUGCAAGUAUCAGCGGUAAUUAGUUUGAGAAAGAUGAUUUUAAGUCUGACACAGGCGGCUGGAAAUGAAAAAAUCCGAGUACACCCAUCCAACAGGAGUUAAAACUUUUAUCAUCUGUUUACUAGCCCGGCCAGAUGCUCUACCAUUAAGCUACAGGGGUCACGUGGGAGCUAAGGUCACUAAACUAGGUCCAUGUGGCAAACAUCCUGCAUACUUCUAGGACUAAAAUGUCGAUAUGUACUGAUGCAAUAUGAUAAGAGAUGUGAUGGCAGGGUGCAAAGAAAAUCAUUUUUAUAGCUUGCCAUUCGGGCAAGCUGAAGCUAGCAUUUACUAGCCCAGACAUCAUUUUAACUAGCCCUAAAAGCUUUUUGACCAGCAGAAUUGAUUUCACAGUUCUUCCUUUAUCCGAAUUGCUCAAAAGACAUCACUUGCUUAUUGGGCAAGUUAAAAAGAGAAUUCACCAGCCUGAUAACAAAAUCCACUUGCUCCGAGCUAUCGGACACUGCUUUCUUUGCACUCUUGAUGGUGAAUUUUGAGCCUGGUGAAUACAUGAGAAAUAUGAUUUUUCAGUCAGUGACACAGGCGGCUUGGAAGAAAAACAUCCGAUUACUCCCAGUAGGCGGUCAAACUUAUAACAUUCUGGUUACUAGUCCAGAUGCUCUACCACUGAGCCACAGGAGAAGUUUUGGAGCUAAGUUCAUGUGCAAACAUCCUGUAUGUAAUACUGCUAGAUUGUCUAGAACUAGUCCUAGCAGAAUACAGUCGAAGCUCUCCAUGCGACCACUCUCGUGGUCUAGUUACGACCACCUUUGUGAAACCCCGUUUGGACAGUGACUUAAACAAUUUAGUGAAAAAGCUCUUGUAAGCGACCACUCCAGUAAGCGGCCGUGAACGCUUUUGGGAUUACCCAAAUGGACGGGGUGGUCGCUUACGAGAGCUUCGACUGUAUCUAGAACGUUCUUAUCCUAGCAGUAUGCUGGAUGUUUGUCACGUGAACCUAGUUUAGUGGCCUUAAUUAUUUGUAGCUCAGUGGUAGAGCAUCUGGACUGGUAGCCAGAAAGUCAUAGGUUUUCUUUUGUUUUCCCAGCCAAAAGCAUCAAUCCAUUCAACUAAACAGCCUUGACAGAGCCCCUUUAAGUUUUUGUUUUGUUUGCCUGCAGGUGCACUUACCAAAGGUGACAGACGAGCAGCGACUGGGGCCGACUUAACGCAGUUUAAUUUUGACACGCCUUACGGCCGAUCUGCACUCAGGAACAUGUACCAAGCCAUUACUUUG